AUGCCUGCAGAAGGAGGGAAAACGGACAUGGAGAGGAUUGGCCUCUUUAGUGAGAUGGAAUAUAUUACUGUUGGUGAUAGAUAUGUGUCACAAUUUAAUCGACCCUUUAAUGAGGCUGCAAGCAAAAAUAGACAGAUGCUACCUGGAGGAUCCAAAGAAAUGUCAGAUCUCCAGGCAGGUUAUUUCGAUCCCCAUUUUGUAAGGAUUUUUGAAGGUGAAGGCUACGUAAAUCUGAAUCAAGUGAGGAGACGGCGUAUGAUGGAAGAAGCCAAAAAAAAUCUGGGCAAAGCCUUCCUUCCUAGUAGUGGAGAAAAAAAGCCAUGUGGAUUAGGAAGCUACUAUGGAACAAUAGGUGGUCCGGUCCCAUUCUUCAGUGCUCAGCCAAAACCUAGAGAAAAGUAUCAGCCGCCUGGAAAGAAUUUAUAUACAAGCCCAGGAAAGAAAGGAACUGGAUAUGGCUAUGCAAAUAUUACGAUAGGUAAACAGUUUUCACACUCUGCCGAUUUCUAUGAUGCAUCAAAAGUAAAUUAUAAGAAAGAGAAUGAAGAACAUCACCGUUUAGUUAAAGGAUCACCUUUCAAGUUAAAUCUUUACCCAAGGGAAUAUUUUGACAUGAAUCCUUAUUUUUCUGAGAAACCUUUACCGCCAAUUAAAAAAGAAGGGAAGAAAGAAUUAGUUCCAAGCCCUUUUAAACCCCCUUCUCCUGGUAAAAAGAAGUUUACCACAAGUGAGAAUAAAAAUAAAAUGCUCUGA